AUGGCCACGCCGGCCAAGCGGCGGGCCCGGGCCCAGCCCCAGCCCCCGGCCGGGGAGAGCGGCUCGGAGCCGGAGUCGGGCUCGGAGCCGGAGUCGGACUCUGAGGAGGAGGCGGAGGAGCAGAGGAUCGAUGAGGAAGUGAAUAUUGAAUUUGAAGCACAUUCCAUAUCAGACAAUGACUAUAAUGGGAUAAAGAAAUUACUACAACAGUUGUUUCUAAAAGCUCCUGUUAACACUGCUGAAUUAACUGAUAUAUUAAUACAACAGAAUCAUAUUGGAAGUAUUAUCAAGCAAGCAGAAGUCCCAGAAGAUAGUAGUGACGACGACGAUGAUGAUGAUGAUGAAGUCUUUGGUUUUAUAAGCUGCUUAAACUUAACAGAAAGGAAGGGUACACAGUGUGCUGAACAAAUCAAAGAGCUGAUUCUAAGUCGGUGUGAGAAGAGCUGUGAACAGCAUGUAGUUGAACAACUGAAUAAGCUCCUAAAUGACAAUACAAAGCCUGUGGGUCUUCUACUAAGUGAGAGAUUCAUUAAUGUACCACCGCAGAUUGCUCUGCCCAUGCACCAGCAGCUUCAGAAAGAGUUGACUGAGGCACAGAGAACAAACAAACCUUGCGGAAAGUGCCACUACUAUCUUCUUAUCAGCAAGACCUUUACAGAAGCCACAAAGAGCAAUUUGAAGAGGAGGGAAGGGAGAAAUCAGCAAAAGGAGGAAUUAAUGUUUGCAAAUGCAGAGGAAGAAUUCUUUUAUGAGAAAGCCCUUCUGAAGUUCAACUACUCUGUGCAAGAGGAAAGUGACACCUGUUUGGGUGGCAGAUGGUCCUUUGAUGAUGUACCAAUGAAACCUUUGCGGACUGUUAUGAUAGUUCCAGCUGAUGGAAUGAAUGUAAUUAUGGAUAAACUGAAAGACUAUCUUUCAAUCUGAACUUUCCUAUAAACACCUUUUUUUAUAAAGCAGCCAUGCAGAACUAUGAUUUCAUAAUAUUUUCGGAAGACUGCUAUUGAGUUAAUGGUUUUGUACUGCUCAAAUGCUUCCUCUGUACACUUAGAAGACAAGCAGGUGGUACAACUAUAAAUAUCCAUCAAAUUAAUAUUUUUAAAUAUUGUAUCAUCUUAUACUUUGGUAUCAUCAGUAAGCAGUGAAUAAAAACCCAAUGUUACAAGGAAACUUGAAGAUCUGCUCAGUCUGUUUAUAACCAAACCUAAAGCGUAUAUUUUUGUUAGGAGACAGUGCAUGCAACUCCUUUUGUUAUGAAAAGUGCCUUUUCUCUAUGUUUCUUCUGUUAAAUACAUUUAUGUCAAAAAUUCAAAAUAAUUACAUGGGUUA